UGUCUUAAUUCACUAUCUUAUCUGGAAACCAAGUAACCACCUUGUUUAUUUACACUACUUCGUACACUCAUAAGUCCAACUAUUACCAAAUUUUUUUUAAAAAAAAUCAAUAAUUAUUUUCUGGCACCUUUUCCGGUGAAAACCAAUGUUACAAGCGUCGGAAAAAGAGAAUUACAACUACCCUUCUCCACUUGCUACCCAUGAAGAAGUUAUCAGCCAACCUCAGCUCUUCUUAGAUACACUCGAAAGUCUCCAUUCUAUGUUGGGCACCAAAUUCACGGUACCAGUAAUUGGAAGAAGGGAGCUAGAUUUGCAUGUGUUAUAUGUUGAAGUUACAAAGAGAGGUGGCUAUGAUAAGGUUGUUUCAGAGAAGAAAUGGAGGGAAAUAAGUUCAGUUUUCAAGUUUUCUGCCACUGCCACAAGUGCUUCAUCUGUGCUAAAAAAGCAUUACCUUGGCCUUCUCUACCAGUAUGAGCAACUUUACUUCUUUAAUGUACAAAGCCCUGAAUUCUCAACUCCUCCACCAGGUACUGCGCCUAUUUGUUUUAACUUAGCUUUUACAUGCUGUGAAAUUAACUUUUUCUUCUGUUUUCCAGAUUCUAGUUCCUUGAGCUUUCCAGCAGUAGGAACAAUUCAUGGGAAAUUCGACUGCGGGUAUUUAGUCUCUGUCAAACUAGGACAGGAACUGCUGAGUGCAGUGAUUUACCAUCCUGUAGAUAAGCAAUGCGCUUCCUCCUCUCCAGCUGAUGAUCUUAGCAUGGCAAUCGUCCCUUACGGUCCCAAUAAGCAACCUCGCCAGCUAUCAGGAAAGAGAAGGCGUAAGAGGAAGCGAUGGGGUGGAGAUCCCAGCCACCCAAAACCCAACAGAAGUGGCUACAAUUUCUUCUUUUCAGAGAAGCAUUCAGUUCUCAAAUCCCUUUAUCCUAAUAGUCGAGAGAGGGAGUUUACUAAAAUGAUCGGAGAAUUAUGGAAUAAUCUCAACUCUGAAGAGAGAAAGGUGUAUCAGAAUAUAGGGGAAAGGGAUAAGGAAAGAUAUAAGAGAGAACUCCGGGAAUACAACGCGAAGUUAGCAGCAAUGAAAGGCAACACGAACAAGUCAUAAUUUACUGACUGACUGGA